AUGCCGAACACCAAAACAGUUCGCGUGCCGCAUCUUGGCGGGAUCACGGCGGCAUACCAGACCCCAGCGCCAAUUGACAAGUCCAAGCCCACUCUGAUCAUGGUGAACUCAUUUACGACAUCUUCUGAGCUUUAUCGAGAUCAGUAUGCGAACGAGAAGCUCACAUCGGCGAUGAAUCUCGUGGCCAUUGAACUCCUCGGCCAUGGACAGACGAGAACAGAAACCGAAAACUGGACCUACUGGGACACGGCUAUUAUGAACUUGCAGGUCAUGGAUGCCUUGGACAUUGAAAAGGCGUUUGUGCUGGGGACAAGCCAAGGUGGUUGGAUCACGGUGCGGAUGGCGUUGCUGGCGCCGAAGAAGAUCCUAGGCAUCAUCCCCCUGGGCACAUCUCUCGACUUCGAGUCCCCCCGGACCCGCGAUCUCGGCUGCUGGAAUGCCCCGGAAGUGCUCAUGCCCAGCAUCUCAGAGGCGACAACGAACGACUACACGCCGGACUUUGCGCCCUCGGACGACUACUGCAACUACUUGGUUGACAUUGGGUUCGGUAAGAACUGCGCGAAGGACGUCCGCGAUUACUGGACCAAGACGAUCAAGAGCAAUUACCCGGGGAACGAUGGUAGGAAGAGGUUCCGCAUGGCGGCAAUCAAUCUGAGGGAUCGAGAUGGCCUGCAUAACAGGCUGUGGGAUGUUAAGUGUCCGGUGCUGUGGCUGCAUGGUACGGACGAUGCUGUGUACUCGGUUGCCAAUGCGGAGGAAGAGAUUAAACUCUUCAAGAAUUCGCCGGAUGCUAGGCUGGUGACUGUAAAGGGGGGUCAGCACUUCCUGAGCUUUUCGCAUCCUAAGGAAGUUGCGGAGAAUUUGAUCCAGUUCGUGGGGAAGUAUGGGAAGUAA